ACCUAGCUCAAGUUCCCAGGGGAGCAGGCGGCGCACGGCAGAGGAAGGACGCCCCAGAGCUGGUGCAGGAGCUGUGGGCCCGGUAGGAAAAAGAGAAAACCCUUGUGACACUGUCAGGAAUGUCUUCCUUAAGUGGGAAUGUACAAACCGUGUUGGGCCUUGUAGAACCAAGCAAACUAGGACGCACUUUGACCCAUGAGCAUUUAACAAUGACCUUUGACGAUUUUUACUAUCCACCUCCUCCGUGCCAUGAAGCUACCUCCAAGGAACCUAUCAUGCUGAAAAAUUUAUUCUGGAUUCAGAAAAAUCCUUAUUCCCAUCGAGAGAACCUUCGGUUGAAUCAGGAGACAGAAGCCAUAAAGGAAGAACUGUUGUAUUUCAAGGCUAAGGGUGGAGGAGCCGUGGUGGAGAACACGACCACUGGGCUCAGCAGGGACGUGCAAACACUUAAGUGGCUAGCAGAGCAAACUGGAGUCCACAUCAUAGCUGGAGCUGGGUUUUAUGUUGAUGCAACUCACUCAGCAGCAACCAGGGCCAUGUCAGUGGAACAGCUUACAGAUAUCCUUAUUAAUGAAAUUCUCCAUGGAGCUGAUGGAACCAGUAUCAAGUGUGGAGUUAUUGGAGAAAUUGGCUGCUCCUGGCCUUUGACUGACAGUGAGAGAAAGGUACUUCAGGCGACAGCUCAUGCCCAGGCUCAGCUUGGCUGUCCUGUCAUUAUCCAUCCUGGAAGGAACCCAGGUGCACCAUUUCAGAUCAUCCGAAUAUUGCAGGAAGCAGGUGCAGACAUCUCUAAAACAGUUAUGUCCCACCUUGACAGGUCUAUAUUUAAUAAAAAGGAACUGCUUGAAUUUGCUCAACUUGGCUGCUACUUGGAGUAUGAUCUUUUUGGUACGGAGCUCCUUAAUUACCAGCUCAGCCCAGAUAUCGAUAUGCCUGAUGAUAACAAAAGAAUUAGAAGGGUCCGCUUCCUGGUGGAUGAGGGCUAUGAGAAUCGGAUUCUCAUGGCACAUGACAUACACACAAAGCACCGACUGGUGAAGUAUGGAGGUCACGGCUACUCGCAUAUUCUCACCAACAUUGUUCCUAAGAUGCUUCUUAGAGGAAUAGCUGAGAGAGCAGUUGAUAAGAUCCUCAUAGACAACCCUAGACAGUGGCUAACGUUUAAGUAGGAUGGCUGUUGAUGAACACAGACCUCGAGGAUAAAAUUUGCAGAGAGUAUUCGGUGAUUUCCAAUCUAUCUGAGACUUUAAUCCAAGCUACACAGGGCCAAUGACUGAUCACUGCCCUCCUAUAAGAAACUGGGUGACUAUCACAGGGAGGUCUAUGAUGGGGUACUGGGCUCAAGUAAGUCCUAUUGUUUUACUUUAAAAAAUAAAAUAAAAUAAAACCAGAUACGAAAGAGCGUGUCCCCAAACAGUAAUUUAAAGCUGUAUCUCCCAAGAGUCAUUUGGAUGUCAUUUUCCCCCUGACUCUAUCAUCUACACUACUUGAGGAAAAUGAAAGUGUCUCUAGUUAAGUUGCCCCCUUCUGGAGCAAUCUAAUGUUUCCUGUAAUAUUGAUGAUCCUGCUAAUUAUCCUGCUGUUCUUUAAUUAAUGCUUAAUGAAUAAUAUGGCAUUUUAAAAUCACUUUGGCAACAAGGGAAGUUAAAUUUUGAGAUUUUUUUUUCCCAAAGGAGACUGCAAUAAAAUUACCAAUUCACAACAAUAAAAAUAUUUUGAAAGGUGAACUGUGUUUUCCAUCUAUCUCUGUAAACUUAUAAUAAAUCAGUUUUGCUGACUUUGGCUUCCUGGUCUCCAUUUUUUGCUGUUAAUUGUGUCGUGUUUUUGCAAAGUCUGUCUAAGAACACAAUAAUAAUUAUAAAAAUAAAAUCAUAAAAGUAAAAAUAUAUUACAUAAUAUAGUUUAAUGAAUCAUUACAGUUAUAAUAACAAAGGCCACAAUUUAAUUAAUUCAUAAGUUAUAAUGGAAAGAAAAAGAGAAAUGCUUGCCUUUUAUAUAGUCCCUUUAUUUCAUUUACCUUUUAUUUCUUUUUUCCUCAGGCCUAAACAGAAAAUAAUGCUUAUUUAUCCAAGAAAAGGUCAGGUCUAUUGGAAAUGACAGUCUGUAAAUACUACUCUUUAGAAGAGAUCCAGCCAUGAAGUUCUUUGCUAAUAAAGCCUUUUCAAAAAUAUUAGUUAAAAUGCUUAAUUGAUGUACAUUGUUGUUUAUAAAUUAAUUCCUUGAACCCUCACUAUGUGAUUUGAUACCUAAGACAAAUCUCUAAUCCCUUGCUAAGACAAAUCUCUAAUCCCUUGCCGCCAAUCCAUCUUUGAUAAAUAUUUGCCAUUAAAUAGAAAUUAAAACAGUGACAAUUCAUUUGUGAGUUACCUUACAUAUUAGAAGGGUCAAAUCAAAUUAGUAACUACUCUUUGUGAAUGAUCAAAGUGUUUUUUAUCAUAUAAAUCAUGACAGUUACUCAGACCAAAAGCAUUUAAACACAGCAAACACCACCUUUAGAUGGGAACACCAUGCAUAACUCUUGGAAUGACGAGGUUUGCUAAACUAAAGCUAUUUCAGUUGAUCAUAGCUGAUCAAGCUCUCUGUGUAUUAGAACAAAAAGUACCAAAGUGAAAUGAGCCAGGGGAACAGCCCAAUUCCUUUAAAGGGGAAAAUGCAAAUGUCCUUCACCAGUAAAGCAAGCAGAUUUUUAAAUCUCUGGUUUUGAAAUCUACUUGUCAAAGAGUGUUUAAAGGCGACUGAAAGGGGAACAGAUUUUCCAUUGUAAGAGGGGAAGUUGUGUGCUGGUAGGAAGUAUUCUCAUGCAUUUUGAUCUUUCCCUUAGAUUAAAGAGCUAGCUCUUGGCAGUGUGUUUUAACUAGAGAGAAUGGGUUUGCACUACACUGUCAGCUUCAAUCUGCCAGAAAGAAAGGAAAGAAUUGACUACUCAAAUGUGUAUGUUUCAUAGACAUUGUGAAGGAGCUCUGCUUGCUUCCUGAAGUCCCUUAUUAAUGGUCUGCCAGAGAAUGAAGUUAAAAUAUUGACUGCAUAUGGAAUACAGUAACCAUGGGAUCAACUAACUCACACAUGUGCCAUGUGGGGCAUUUGAAUCUACUGUGAUUUUGUUUUCUGGAUAACUCUUAAAGAGAAGUCACUUUUAUUGUUUUGCUACUCUACAUAUUUGUAUCAUCUAAAAUAUAUUUCAAUCUAAAAUAAGUCAAAUAAUUUGUGCAUGGUUCUGUGUGAUAUAUGUAUACUUUUUAAAUUAUUUUUUGAGCUGUACAGCCACUGUGCCUAGUGGACUGAAGCCAUGUAUAUAUAAUAUUUCAUCUAACAUAUAUGUAUAUAAAUAAGUGUGUGGCAGAUAUUUAUAUAAAAUAUAUACACUUUGUUUUCAUAUUGGUUCUAUGUGAAACUGUUAAGUUUGCAAUAAGCUCAGGCCAUGGAUUUGCAGUAACUGUUUGAAGACCUUACUUACUGUCCCCUUGAUGACGCAUGCAGAAGCUCAAAUUAAACCUUUGUGCCUUAGGUUGUGAACAAUCUUUUGUUCCACAGAAGGCAAAGGCCUCUAUCUGACUUCAUACCAAAGAAUAAAAUUCUCUGACUGUUC